GCCCAUCGUCUUCCCCUUCCUGCCUUCCCAAUCAUCAUCAUCAGCCCCCUCAAAUUCUCCUCCCUCUAAACCUCUUUUAUUAGUACUUGCUGAGUUGCCGUCUCCGUGUUGUUCAAUGGGGAAGGGCGGGAUGAGCAAGCUCAAGUGCAUGAUCAGGAGGUGGCACUCGUCGAGCCGCAUCUCCCGCGCGCCGUCUUCUCCCGGCGAAGGCGAAGACGGCCGGGGGGCGCGGUCGUUCCACGGCGCGGACGAGGUUCCCAAGGGCCUGCACCCGGUGUACGUGGGCAAGUCGCGGCGCCGGUACCUCAUCGCGGAGGAGCUGGUGGGCCACCCGCUGUUCCAGAACCUCGUGGACCGCUCCGGCGGCGGCGGCGGCGGGGAGGCCACCGUCGUGGGCUGCGAGGUCGUGCUGUUCGAGCACCUGCUCUGGAUGCUGGAGAACGCCGACCCGCAGCCGGAAUCCCUCGACGAGCUCCUCGAGUACUACGCCUGCUGAUUGGCUUCGAUCGAUCGGCAGCUAGCGAACAAGUCUCCGGAAUCCGCCGGAACUGUUUCUCCAAAAUCCCAAUCGGUGUUGUUUUGUUAGGGGUAGAAUCGUGAUAAAUUAACGCCGCGCGGCAGGGGGGGCGGAGUGAGAAAAGCUUUACCCAACCCCCGGCGUCGUCGGUGCUAAUCUGGAAUAUUUCCAUUCACCACCAUUGUUACCGUCCGCUCUUCCUCGGCGCUGUUAAUUCUCUCUUUCUCUCCUUAGUGGUUCAUGUAAUAGAACAUCGAUCGGCUUUUCCAAAAAAUUUAAUGUUUCUUCCAUCCAAAUAAAGAGAUCUUUUGGACAA